AUGCGCCUACCGCUCAUCUUCCUGUUUGCCUUCUUCGUUGCGGUCUUUGCCCUGCCUCCUCCACAGAAACCCGUUGUGGUAUCAUUCCCAGACGACACUCCGUCUUCAGUCAUAGACAAGGCAAUCGCUGAGAUCGAAAAAGAUGGUGGUAUCAUAACUCAUGAAUAUUCCUUGAUCAAAGGAUUCGCUGCCAAAGUUUCAGAAGUCACUCUCAACAAAAUCAGCGAAAUGGCCCAAGCAUAUUCGCCAUAUAUUGAGGACGACUAUGUGGUCAGCAUUGACGGCUCGACAAAUGCCGCUCAAUAG